AUGAGCCUGGAGCCCCCUCCCAAGCCGGAGAUCAAAUCAGCCACCAGGGUGACUGGGGGACCUGCCACCCCCCGGAAAGGACCCCCCAAAUUCAAGCAGAGGCAGACGAGGCAGUUCAAAAGCAAACCCCCCAAAAAGGGGGUGCAGGGAUUUGGUGACGACAUCCCAGGAAUGGAAGGGCUGGGAACAGAUAUCACCGUCAUCUGUCCCUGGGAAGCCUUCAGCCACCUGGAGCUGCACGAGCUGGCUCAGUACGGCAUCAUCUAG